UACGAAUUCURUUAAUCAGUAGACAACACGUCGUUUAGUUCAUAUACUGUUCUUUAUAAGAACAAAUCACAAGUCCACGAUUAAUAUUGUAUGCAGAAUAAUUCAAAGCAUUAUAUAGGAGUACGGCGCCAUUUACGUUGUAUACACCUACCAAUCGUUUUUAGUAAACAUAGAAGUGAACRUAUUUAUCGAAAAAUGAGUUGUAUGAACGGUAAAGAUAGAAUAAAUGAUCAACAAAAUAAAAAAUGUAAACAGAAUGUUACCGCRGCCAACGGUUAUGCAGAUUAUCUACAACUUGAUAAACUUUUAGAUUCUCAAACAAUGUUAAGUACGUUAAACGGCAGAGUUUCGUACGACGAGCAUCUCUUCAUAGUGACUCAUCAAGCUUACGAGUUGUGGUUCAAGCAAAUUUUAUUCGAAAUGGAUAUUGUUUGUAAAUUAUUAUCUACUAACCUUUGGAAUAACGAGAAGGAAAUGUUCAAUAUCUUAAAGCGUUUAGGUAGGAUUUCAUCUAUUAUCAAGUUACUACUGGAACAUUUUGGAGUUUUGGAAACUAUGACUCCUUACGAUUUCGCGGAAUUUCGUGACUACCUAAAACCAGCAUCAGGGUUCCAGAGCCUUCAAUUCCGCAUGAUUGAAAAUAAAUUAGGAUUAAAGAAGGAAAACCGUGUCAAUUGUUGUAAAUCGUAUACUGACUGCUUUAAUGCUAAGAAAUAUGAUGAACUYGAACGUAUUUCUGCUGAACCUAGCUUAUUCACUUUAGUUUGUCAUUGGCUCGAAUCUACUCCUAUGUUAAAAGAUAAUAUCGUGUGGGAUCAGUAUCGAAGAGCUGCGGAUCACUGGUUAGAAGGAUCAACUGAGUCUGAUAUAUCUUGCCUGGAGAAACGUCGUAAGCUUAUGGACUCUGUAUUUAAAUGUGACCAGCACAAACGCUUAGUCGAACAGGGAAACCGAACGUUUUCACAUAUGGCGUUAAAGGGCGCCAUAAUAGUAUAUGUAUACAGACAUGAAAAAGGAUAUGCAUUGGCCAACAGAAUACUAGAAUCAUUGGUGGAUAUCGAUACGCUUUUAUCAAAAUGGAGAUAUAGUCAUUUCGUUAUGGUUCACAAGAUGAUUGGAUCAUAUAAUCCCGGCACGGGUGGUACUAGUGGUUCUGAAUAUCUAAGAUCUACAUUAUGUGAUUCAUACCGAAUAUUCAUUGACUUGAUUAAUCUACCAUCACUGAUAAUACCUGCUAUAUAUGUCCCACCAUUAAAAAUAUCACAAGAUAAAUAAAAUUACUAUUUUUGGUUUAAAAAUAUAUUGUUUAAUAAUUUGUGAAUUAUAAUUAUUGUAUUUUGGAUUUAAAAAUUAUUAUUUAAAAUUAGAUAGAUACUUUUAGUCACUAUAACACCUAGCCAA